AAGUAAAAUUAUUUGAAACUUUUUUUAGACGAAUAAUUUUCCAGUCGCCAGACUGGAAUCUGGUGCCUAUCAUAUGGCCUGAUGUAUUAACAUUGGCAAUUCUGUCAGCAACGGUUCACAUAUAUACCGUUGAUAAUUUGUUGCAAAAUUCGCAUCAAUUUAAUUAUGGACAAGAAGUCUUAUCGUACGGUGGUGUCAAUAUUGUUGGAUCAUUUUUUGGUUGCUUACCGCAAUGUGCAUCUGAUGAACUUACCCAAUUUGCAACAGAUCAUCAUGCCAAAAUAUUGACCGUUUGGUUACUGUGCGCUAUUUCGUCGUUCCUAUGCGCAAGUCUUCCCUAUGCGUUGUCGUUAUGCGCAUUUUUUGGUAUUUGUUCAUUAGCGGUUCGCUUAUACAGGCCUAGUUUUGUUGAACUGGUAAAUGUAACGGGUUCCGGAGUAUAUUAUGCAGAAAAGCAUCAGUAUGGUAACGAACUCAAUGAAGAUCCGAGUAUUUCAAUCGUUAAAUUUAAUGCGCCAAUACUCUAUGCAAACUCUCAACUUUUGAAGAAACUGUUCAAAGUUGUUGCCGACGAUUUCGAAUGGCGAACUCCGACCAAACCUUCUUCAAUGAAUCCCAUAAAUCCGAACAUUGCAAAUCCUAUCCGUACCAGUAGUUGUGUACCAUCAGUUGUCUUUUUAAACGAAGAUGAUGUGCCGAUCUGUGACACGACUAUAAAUACACUUUCAAAAAAAGUCAUAAUACUAGACUGCGGAGCUAUUCCAGAAGUUGACUGCGUCGGUGCUGUCGAACUCAAGAGGGUCUACUUUAAAUUUGCAGAGAAGCAAAUUCGACUACUGUUUGCGUCAGCAAAUGUCCGAGUCCGGAACCAACUAAAAAGUACAGGAUUCUACGACAGCGUUCCCAAAGAGGCAUUCUUUCCAAGUGUACGUGAUGCUGUAAUGGCUGCUCAACAACUGCUUGGUACGACCAACAUUCAUAUGAGAGACCAACUAUUUAGUGUUUCAAUGAACGGAUACCGCGAACUCAUUACCCUUUCUGGAGCACCAUCAAACCAAGAACUGAAUGAAACCAGGAGUACAAUUACUGCGCCACGACAGUGCAUGGAAGAAACAAGGUCAUUGCUUUCAGAAACAUCUUGUAUCACGAGGAACAGUCCAAGCAAUUUUUCGUAA